CCUUUUUCCUCAAUCACCAUCAAGCUUCUCCGCACCACAUCAUCAGCUGUUUGCAGAGCUGCUGCCAGAAUCAUUCAAUCCUGACUACUUCAAUUCUCGACUGUUGCAUCGAAUUACUGCUAUUCCAGAUCUCACCAUGGGCUUCAUCAGCCUCUUCAUACCAGAGAAGUCUGCUCAUCGCAUUGGACAUCGCGACCCGUUCUGGAAUGGCAGGAAGAAGCCUUUCAUGAUCGCAGCUACUGCUUCUUUCAUGCUUUUGCAAAUCUUGUUCCUUGUGAACAUGUCAUAUCUGUUUGGCUCUCUGUUCAAAUCAGAGCACAGAGUCCAUAACCUCCACAUCCUCACCGUCGACUAUGAUGGUGGUGUGAUCGGGGAGAGUCUGCAAGGCGCAAUCCAACAGCUGAAGGCUGAUACAUUUCCGACAUUCGAUAUCGAGAGCAGCGCCAAGUACCCCGUAGUCGAAGACAUCGUUCAAGCUGUCAGGAGAGGAGAUCAUUGGGCUGCUGUGUUCUCCCACGCUGGAGCUUCGGAGCGUCUCGCAGCUGCGCUCGAAGGUGGAGAUGCAGCUACUAUCUACGACCCGACCAACACGAUCACAUACAUCUGGAACCAGGUCCGUUAUCCAGCGGUAGAGGACGCUACAAUCAAGUCUAGCAUGUCGCAGCUUGUUGCAGUGGCUCGUAUCGCGUACAACCACAUCAACGGUACUGGAGCAUUGCAAGCCCUGAACAAGAAUGAUCCUGCGGCUCUGCAGGCCUUCCUCAACCCGAUACAAGGAGGAGAUAUCAACAUCAUGCCAACAACGCAGGGUACACGUGUCUUGUACAACACAGUUGCGAUCGUCAUGCCUAUCAUCAUGCAAUUCUUCUUUCUCAUGGCAGUCAAUGGUGUUAGUGCUGAGUUCAACCUUUACUCGCAUCUGCCAGUCCUCAAUAACGGUAUCAUCCGCUUGGUCUUGAGUCUGUCGUACACUUUCGUCGGCUCUCUUUGCUGGGCUGGCUAUGUCUGGGCCUUCCGCGAGAACUGGUCUGUGGGCGCUGGGCAGUUCUUCUGCACAUGGAUCAUCGUCUGGCUUUUCAUGCACAUCAACUUUGCAGUGAUCGAUGUUGCUACUGGCUUCAUCCCCAUGAAGUUCCUCCCAUUCUUCGUCCUUACCUGGGUAAUCCUGAACGUCACCAGCACAAUCUGGCCUUUCGAAUUAGCACCUGGCUUCUACCGCUGGGGCUACGCUCUGCCCGCCCACGAGGUCUGGCAAGUGCUGAUCCAAAUUUGGUCAGGUGGUGCUGUGGAUCGUCUCUACCAAGCCCUUCCCAUCCUGUUCACAUGGGAAAUCGUGUUCUUGCCUUUGGCUGUCAUUGCCUUGAACCAUCGCUGUGCAGUUGCAGAAAGAGAGCACAAGGCACAUGAAGAGGAGAGAAGACAGCUUAUCAUGGCUGCGGAGAAGGGCAAGGCUGAUGAUACACCAGAGAGACCUUCCGAUGCAGAGGCCCCAUCGCCUGUGGAUGAGAAGGUGCAUAGUUUCGAAACGGAUGUGCAAAGAAAUCCUUACGCACCCGCUAUUCCUCCUCCAGUCUGAUAAGCCACUGUUGGAAAGGCCACGAACCACAUUAGUUUAAGGUAGGAAUGAGAGCA